UAUUUUCAUCAAGUCGAAUUUUCUCAUCUGCUGAUCGUCGCUCUCAUAGAAAUUUGUUUGCUUGCUUACCAACUUUUCGGAGUACGUGAUUAGUCUUGGGCCUAAUCGGUCACCACUGAGAGCGCUCAAUUUAGUUCAUAAUCCAAUGGCGAACUAGUUCGUUCUUUUAGUUCAUUAGUUCUUUUGUUUAAAUAAUUUAAUAAAAACAAUAAAUAGAAAAAAAAAUAUAUUUAUGAUUAAUGCUGGUUCUGUUUAUUUAUGGAACAUAAAAUUUUUUAUUUAAAUAAGAAUGAAAAAAUAAAAGAAUUUAUAUUAAUAAUUAGUCAACAGCUAGUCUCGUUUCUAGUAUAAUGCGUAAUUAUAUUACAAUACUUAAAAAAUGCUAAUUAUUACAAUUAAAGUUGACAUUUUUUUAUAGCACAUCAAAUCUUUUACUUAAGUAAAAAUGAAAAAAUUCAAUAAUUUAUAUUAAUCAUUAGUCAACAGCUAGUCUCGUUGAGUAAUGAUCUAAUAUAUAAAAAUAGUCUCUCGCAAUAUCAAGGCGCGCACAGAAAAAGUAAAUAACUCGGUUGGUCACAUAGCGCCAGUGUCUAGUUAAACCGACGCUAAAAAAAAUAUAAAAAGAACUAAGAGCGAGAUCAUCGACGAACUAGUUCGCAUAGUUCACCUAAAGGAGCGCUCUUCCGACCUAGGUCGUUCGCGAACUACCCAAGACUAUACGUGAUUGACAGAAUAAUCCAUGGUUAUUGUUGACAAUACUUUCAACAAUAUUUUAUGAAAAAUUUAAAUAACAUUGUGCGAAACAUUUUCACUUAUUUCUUGGAAGGCAAUGGAGUAUAUUUUAUCAAACUCCAUUUUAGUAAAAAUAUUUUGUGAUUUAAUUCAGUAUGGAUCAUACGUGAUAAGAAUGGAGUGUAUUUGUUGUUACUUUCUGACAAUGUAUUUCCCAAAUUUUUUACUCAAGAUUCCGUGGUCAUUUUUAAUUCACUUGAAUACUUUUAGUGCUAAAACCAUGCAAAAAGCAGAUAAAAUAAGAGCUCUGUUAAAAAGCUAGUAUACAGCUUGAAAUAUUUAUCAAGCUGAAUAGAUGAGCAGGCGUAUGACACCGGUAUAGAUACGAUCGAUUCGCGCCGCCACGUUUCGCAUAUAUAUAUAUAUAUGUGUUUGAACGUGUACUUGGCGCGAGACACGACCUUAUAUCCGGAUCUUCCAAAGCUUUAAUGAACUUAUUUGAACAUUAGUCAAGUUAUUAAAUUUUCGACAUAAGACAUUUACAUUUAAUAUAAUGAAUACUACGAGUGUAUUUCUGUGCCGAUUUAACUUAAGAAUGAAAAUAUCCAAUUUGAUUAUUUAUAAAAAUAAUUAUUUCGUUUUAUUUAUUUGUAUGAAUAUACUCAGCAGCAAAUUUUAAUAAUGCCAGCGGUAUCAGCAGUACCUGUCACUUUAGCAGUUCGUGUAUUGAAAAAAUACAUAACACACUUUACUACAGACAAAUUACCACAGCAUUCCUCAUCUGUAUGGAAAAGCAUUGCCAAUGACAUCGAAAUCCAAGGAUUGUGGACUGUUGAUGCUGUACGAAUUAAUGUACGACAAGAUCGAAGAAAAAUUUCAACUCUCGCUCGAGAAGAAUGCGGAAUUUUCAUCCAUAAUAAAGAAGGAAUUUCUCAUAAGCUGAAUGAUUCAACUCAUGAUCAUGAUGACGUUGACACCACGUAUGAUUUAGAUGAUAAUGAAAAGGAUGAAGAUGGUGAUAUCAAGGAUUUUGAUUCUAACGAGUGUGACGAUGAUGAUGAGCGUGAAAAUUUCGAUGUAUUAAUCACAAGAGAGCAAUGGAAUGAAAUGAAACGUGAUGAACCACUUAUUUGUAAUGGACGGAGAUAUCCUGGAUUUAAACCUGGUGUAUGGACCAAUAUUGUUUCAUUUGCUUUUUGGGAGCAGUAUCGCCUCAAAUGUGCGUUUGUUUUUAAACGGGGUAAAAUCCAUGAAAGUGGCAGUAAUUAUGCAGUCAUGACUGGACGUUGUAGAGAUCGCACUUGUCGAAAUCCUCUUUUCGGAAUAAUUAAAAAUCCUCCUGGAGAUGAAGGUCCUGUCUUCAUAACCAUGAAGUGUCGAGAUACAAGAUUUUCAAAGCACGCUGAUGUCAAACGUCCUCUUAAUGGUAAGAAACGGAAUGGUGUUCAAGAAAGAUUACUGCGCACAGGUGUAUUGGCUUGACGAAAAGA